CACACACUGCUUCCUGUGAACUUUGUAUCUGCACACAGUCCAUGCUGUCUGUAUACUUUUUUUUUCCCUGAAUGUUGCCUGAUUCCAGGGAUCUAUCAGAAAUGCAGAGGAGCAUGGAUAAGAACAGCAGAUGGACAUCAUAGAUCUGGAUGCGUGAAGGCUUCAUUUCCCUGACAUCAAAUUACUGCACCUCUAGAGCUGCAAAUCCGCUUUAGAUAUGAACAUGACCAAGCCUCAGCUGUUCCAGGCACAGUCUGCAGGUUGUGUUAUAACCAUCUCUCAGACACAACCAGUCCCUGGCCUUCAACAUAAGAACCAAACCAUUUCCAAUACUCCAGAAAGCGACAAGAAGCCCUUUUACCACCCUGCUCCUAAUGCUGAAUGUGACGGACAGUGGAGCUGCAGCGGUGUCAUCUUAGAUAGAAGUUCAGGAAUUGUUAUUUGUCAAGGAGCUGUAUUUUUUCCUUUCCUGAAAAAAGGUGAAAAUCAUUUUGCUAGUCCUGAUUGUACUGUGCUUUUUGCUAAUGACUUGUCAUCAGACUUAUUGAUUCAGGUGGAGAGCACCUAUCAACCACAAACAAACACAAGUGGUAGUCAUGUCCAUAACCAUGCUCUGGAACAGAGAUCUGCACUUGGACUUGUUCCCAUGUCAAAGACAAAAAGUGGACAUGUACAGGUCCAAGCAGAACUUCUUAUGCUUCUGCCUUGUCCAGAGUUUCAAAAAGCAUUUUCAAACCUGUUCAUAAAAGAAGAGGGCUGGGUGUUUUCCAGUGAGGAAGAGAAGAAUGAAUAUGGCGAGUUUCAGAAGGAUCUAGCCUACCUUCAUUGGUUUGCUAUUUUGAAGCUCCAAAACCCAUUGCCCAAUUCUCAUAAAAUGGGUAUCAUGGAUUCCUCCAAGCUGGUAAAAGGCAGUACAGUAUACACCUGUGGCUCUCCAUUUGGCUCAUUUUACACUGACAUCUUUCUGAAUACCAUGACCAAAGGUAUCCUAAGCAAUACCUCUGGAGACAGAAGUGUUGUACUGCUGACUGAUGCCCGCUGUUUGCCGGGCUCUGAGGGUGGUGGAAUAUUUUUGUUAGAAGAAGGUGUUUUGCAUUUGAUUGCCAUCAUAGUGGCACCUCUCUGCUGGAAGACGAAUGAGUGGGUGGGAUUGACUGUGGCUUGUUCUGUUAGCCAUAUACUUGACAACAUCCGUAAAGUUCUUGGAAGGACAGUAAUUGCUUUAAAAAAUGAACUGAGAUCUUUGCAGCUAGUGGACCACUGUAUGCCUAAGGUUAUGGGUCCAGGAUCAGUAGAGCAUCUGAUGGCAUCAGUAGUUCUGGUGGACUCAGGCCAAGCUUGGGGGUCUGGUGUUUUAUUGAGCCCAAAGUUAGUAUUAACAUGCCGACAUGUGCUUAGAAAUUCACUCAAAGUGUCUGUUAAGAUCUACCAUCCUAAAAAUCCAAGUGAGCACCACACCUAUGAAAGGUACCAGACCAUCAAAGGUCGAGUUUUGUUCGCCACAGAAGCAUUUUCUCCAUAUGACAUUGCAGUGGUGGAACUAGAAGAAACUAUUCAUGAUAUUACUGAACCAGUCUUGGCAUCUGGAUACUGUACAGGUGAAGAUGUCUAUGUUGUCGGAUUCGGGGCUUUUGGUGAAAGAUGUGGCCCAUCUGUGACAUCUGGCAUGCUGUCAGCUGUGAUUUCUGUGGGUAAUGUCCCAGUGAUGUUACAGACAUCAUGUGCUGUCCAUGGAGGUUCUAGUGGAGGACCAUUGUUUGCUGCUGAGUCUGGACAGCUUCUAGGUAUUGUUGCAAGUAACACAAGGGACAACAGUACAGGCGCAACAUAUCCUCAUUUAAAUUUUUGCAUCCCGAUUACUAUUGUCCAGGCUGCCAUUCAAAGGUAUAGGCAAUAUGGGGAUUUAAGAAGUUUUGGAGAGCUUAACAAGGCUGCACAUGCAAUACAAGAUGUCUGGCGUCUGCAAAGAUCACCUAAGAAAGUGUUUCAGAGCAAACUCUAAGCAGAAUACAAGUCCCUCAAUACUACAGUAAAUUAAUACCUUCUACAAAUUAGUUUUUUUGCAUUUUGGUGUAUCUUACAGUUGUUUAAAAUUGUGGCAUCAGUUUUUCCAUCUACUUUGCGAGGUUUGACAAGAAAGUGACCAAGCCUUCACCCCUCCACCCCCCCCCCCCCUAUUUUUGGCCCUGUUAUGUAUUUUUUUCCAUAUUAAAGUCAUG